GAGCGCAUGAUUGCAGCACUCCACAGGGCUCCAGUUCUUUUGAUUAUAUUUGUAUGUUCUACUGCAUUGUAUGUUUUAAGUUUAUAACCAGCUGAUAGAGUUAUAUGUCAGGACUCUACUAGACUGUUUCUGGAACAAAUCAACAAGGUUGAAGUGAGUAAUUUCAGUCAAAAUUAUUUUGGUGUUCUCGCCCUAUUGGACUGAGGAAGGAAGCCAUGCUCAGUUCAUCCUAUAGCAUGUGCUCCACUAGAAGGUAUCCAUUAUUGUCUUGAACUUGAAUACAAUAGAGGACUUGAAUAGAGGACUUAAUCCCACUGAUCUUCCCACACAAUGGGCUGCAUUCAACUCCUCCUAUUAGUAGCUACUGGUCUCCAAGUUUGUGUGAAUGAUCCUUGGACAUACAAUGCCCAGUCAUUAGAUGCUCACUUUGUUCAGAGUCCCCUUAUCAGGAAGCAUUUUCUGAAGAGAAGAAUUUUGUACAAUUCCAAUAGCGAUGCUUCCUUCCAGAUUGAAAUACUCAGAGCUGGAGACAUUCACAGUAACCCUGGGCCUACUGCACAUAUUGUAAGUGAAGUUACACCACAUGCUCGUGUACAACACAAGUACAGUCAUGAGAGUCUUCUCACUAUCCAGAAUGACUGCAAGAAGCUAUUACCACAUGAUGUUUAUUCUACCAUCAAGUCUCUUGGACUUAAUCGUCAGAGGCCAACUCGUAGAGGAACCAGAGCGGGUCGGCAAACCAAGGCGCGGUCUCACCUCGUAACUACAUCACCUCUUCAGACAUCUCAACAUGCCCCUGCUACACUACAGUCACCUACCUUCUCCGCAGCAUACACAGUUACAGCAGAGCAGCAUAUCCCUGUUGUCGAAUUUACACCUAGAUAUGACCAAUGCCCUAGAUACCUCAGCAGAAAUAUCAACAACCUUAUCGAGAUACCGCGAGUAUGCAUCAAUUCUGCUGGACAGGACUCGCUCAAACUCUGCACUGCCAAUUUCAGGUCAUUGAGAAAUGAGUCAGCAGCAGUAAUGGACUACGUUUGUGACAGCAAUGCCGACCUGUACGCUAUAACCGAAACGUGGCUUACAGAGAAUGACGCAGCAGUCAUCAAUGACAUCGUCCCUACAGGUCACAAAUUCCUACACCAUCCGCGUGCUGGUCGUCGCGGCGGAGGAACAGGUCUUCUUCACAAAGAUACCAUUGAUGUCCGUGAGGGCAAAGCUGGUGAGACAAAGUCAUUUGAAUUUGCUGAAUAUCAUGUCACCUUUGGAUCGUUUCAGCUCAGACUUUUCAAUCUUUACAGACCACCUUACUCCGAGAAUCACCGCGUUCCCAUCUCCACGUUCUUAUCUGAAUUCAGCGAGUUUAUACAACCACAUCUGAUGUCGAACAUUCCUAUUAUUUUGACUGGCACUCCAUGGCUUGGCCCCCAUUUAUCUCAGUGAACUCCUGACGUUAAAAUCACCCACCCAGUCCUACAGGCUCCGUAGUUCCCAUGAUACCAUGCUCCGGAGUCUUCCACCUUGUAAAACAAAGGUUACUCUAGGUGACCGCGCCUUUGUUAGCGCUGCACCCAAACUCUGGAAUAGUCUCCCUGCCACAAUUAGACAUGCAUCAUCAAUCAAUGUGUUUAAAAAUAACCUGAAAACCUAUCUGUUUCAGGAAAGUUUUACAUAGACAUUUUCAUUGUAAAGCAUUCACAGGUUCCCCCUUAGCAUCGAUUUUAACUUUUAAAUGUUUAUUUGUAUUGUUCCUUUUACUAUCAUUAUGUCAUGCGCAGUUGAGUAUAUACAUAUAGAAACUGCGCAUUAUAAAUUUACAAUUAUUAUUAUUAUU